AUGCGGCUUCAAUCCCUCCUCGUCGCAUUGGCUCUCGCUGCCUCCGUCCAGGCCUACACAAUCACAGGCUAUAAUGAAAUUAACUGCCUGGGCUCAGAAGCAGGCACCACCACAGGCACGCAAAAAACAGCCUGCGCAUCCUUGGGAACGAACAAGUGGAAAUCAAUUAGGGCUGAUCCCGGUGAUUUUGUCUUGACUGCUUUCGGCAAGCACAAGGAGACGAGCAGUGACGACAAGGAUAAAUGCCAGGGAAAUGGGUACGCUCUGCAGCCGGGGCAUUGCGUCAACCUCCAAAAGAACGACGAAUUUCAAGAAUACUCGGUCCAAUUCAUCGCGAUCAAGGGCCAGGAUCCUCAUCCGCAAGAUCAUGAGGACGAGUGCUUGGAGGACUAUAAGAGCGGGUCCGAUACAUCUUUGUGA